AUGGGUAAUGAUGGAGGUAGUAUCGCUAAAAGGCAAGAUAUUCUAUCCUUCCACAAACACCAAGCAGGUUCUCAAAAGAGUUCGGACAUAGUUCAAGAUGAUAAUGUUAUAGUAUGUUCAGUUUCUUCUCUACCAUUGAGAAACGAAAUAGUAGUAGGAGACUAUUUGGGUAGAUUGUAUAUAAAAGAAAAAAUUGUAGAGUACAUGUUAAAUAGAAAUUUGAAGCUGGAAAAUGGGGCUGAUGCGACAUUACCUUCAACAUUAAGUGACAUAUUGGAGCUUAAGUUGCAUUGGCAGGAUGAUAAAACGAUCGUCUGUCCUGUCACUGGUGGUAUAGACUUGUGUUAUCUCAGGCCAUGUGGGUGUGUAGUUUCAUAUAAAUUAUUACAGGAAUUGCACAAGGGUGAUAAAAGAAAUGAUCAGAGUAGCAGUAAAAUGGAAUUAUCUUCGUCGACGUGCCCCAACUGUGAGAUACCUUUCACCUUUGACUACGAUGUAGUUCUAAUCGACCAGGCUGAGAAAGCAGCCGACUUCAAUAAGAAAACUUAUGAGUAUCUUGCGACCCAGUUGAAGCUCCACCACAGUAAGAAGCCCAUAAAGGAGAAGAAAAAGAAAAGGAAGCAAGAAGACGAUAGCGAUGGUGUAUUGAAAGAAAAGAAGAAUAAAAAGAAGAAGAAGAAAUCAAGUUAG